AUGGAGAUCGAAGGCCAAGACGGAGCCAAAAUCGAUCUUCAUGAUGAUCACAAGACCGUGUUUGGUAGAGGUUUCGGGAUCAGUACGGACGACCGAACGGUCUCUCGUCGUCACUUUGCUCUCGAAGUUAAACCGGACUCCAUCCAGUCGGAGCCCAGGGUUUGGUUUGAGGUGCUGGGGCGGAACCCUGUUUGGGUUUGGAGCAAGAGUGAGGAGGAAGUUAGGGUUUUCAGAAGAUCGGAGAAGGGUGAGUUGGCCCCAGGGGAUUGGUUCUGCGUGUCUGGAAAGGGACCCAUUUGGUUCAAAUUGAGUAAAAUUGGGGUUGAAGGUGGAGAGAAGAAGAUGGGUUUGGAAAGUGAGAGUGAAUUGACGGAGAGUUUGGGAAGUGUGUCGGAAUUUGAGAGUUUUGAUGUUUCAGGCAUUGACCCUGUUAAAGAGUUUGGUUUGGUUGUGAUGGGACAUGAGUUUGACUAUUAUCCCAAGCACAUGAUUCGUGAUGUGAAGAACUGGGACUGGUUUAUUGAGGAAGAUAAGAAUGAUAGUGGUCAGGAUAAUGACGAUGAUGAUGAUUUUGAGAAGAAAAAGAAAAAGAGUUUGAGGAAGAAGAGGAAAAAGAAUGAAGAAAAUGAGGAUGAUGAUUGGAUGGCUGAGAGUGAAAGUGAAGAUGAUAAUGACAUUGUCGUUUCUAAUGUGGGAAAAGUUAAUAAUAGGCCAAAAUACUCUACAAGAUCAAAGGAUCGUGACAAAUCAGCUCACGAGGACACUCAAGGCAGUAAAAAAUCUCGACAGAAUAAGAAUGACAGAGAUGAUGAUGAUGAUGAUGAUGAUGAUGAUGAAACACUUGGAGGGUUUAUUGCUGGUGAUGAUGAAUUGGACCAAGAGGAAGAAACAAGCGGAAAUCAUGAAGAAGACGAAGAAUUUGACGAUGAUGAUGAAGAAUAGGAUGGUGGUGAAUAAUGGAUGUAUAUUGAUUAGUAUUUUACUAUUACUUGGGUGUCUUUUUCAUGAUGUAAUGUAUGUUUUUUUGUGGUGCUCUUUUGCCUAGUGUUUACUUCUCAUUUUAGCA